CAUAAUAAUAUGUUUAAUGUCUAUGGUCAAAAUAAAUUUUAAUUAUAAUAUCGUCUCGCGCGCACUGCAAUAGUAGCUGUUGUCGUAAUCCGUCCAAGGCUCUAAGCGUCUAAAGCGUUUUCCGCCUGUCGUCCCGACGAAAAUAAUUAUACCGGCCGCAAACAGUGUUUCCUACGACAGCCGGCUGGUUUAUCGAUUUAUUGUCAUCGACAUCACUGGGACUCGGCUAUUUAGUUAAGAGCUCGAUAUUGGAACGAACGUGAUUUGUUUUAUGAACACUCGUCUAGUACCCUCAACGCCGGCUACGCCGAAACUGUUCUUUUCCAAUUCAAACGUGAUGCGAGAACAGUCGGUAAGUAUGGGAUCUCAUUUUUACCCGCUUCAACAGAAUAAUCUGUGGGACGAAUUGAAACAAUCCAUCUCAAUUUCCAAACAACUGUCUGACGUGUACCUUUCUUCCGUCAAGGACCACAAACCCGAUUCCACAGAAAUGUUGAUGGCCUUUAAGAAAUCAAACGAAAAGACCCAUGUCGCUCUAGAGACAUUUCUAAAUUCUUUUAUUGCACAAAAAUAUGAUGAUGGUCAUAAUAAGGCAUCAGAUAUUGAAAUACGUCAUGACCAGACACAAGUAUCAGCUCCAAGAAUACCCCAAUAUCAGCCAAUAUCUUGUUCUCAAGAACGCAUGCCAUCAUCUGAAGGCGAGCUACGAUCGGAAACUAAAACUCAGUAUCCGUGUAAAACAGAAUUUCGGCCACAAUCUGAAAAUUUAAACAGAUCUCUGUCUAAUUCUCAUAUUCCAACACAAUCUAGAAAUAUUUACUGGUCGUCCUCUGAUUCCCCUAAUAUGACACAGUACGAAGUAAGAAAUAAGUCGCGAUCUAAAUCUCAAGAUCAACAUGAAUUUGGUACUAGAAGUAUGUAUUCAUCUAUGACAAGACAUCAGCCACGAUCCAGAAAUUUAAAUAUGUCUCCUUCAAAUUAUCGUAAUCAAAAAAAACCUGGAAGAAGAAAUAGAUCGCGUUCUAGAUCAUACAAUGGACACCGAUUUGGUUCUAGAAGUACGUAUUCAUCUAAAAACAGACAACGGUCUCAGUCUAGAAAUAGAAAAAAGUCGAAAUCUAAAUCACUGGAUCGGAGAGAUAAUGUAACUGAACAUCAGCCUUUAUAUAAACCAAAACAUGACCGUUCACUUAGGGCUUCGAGACAUAAAAAAUUUAAAAACGAAAUAGGACAAGGACAUCCACCUAAAAAUACAAAAAAAGGGAAACAAUUUAAAUCUACACAGUCUACAUCUUCAUCAGACACAUCUUCACAGCUUGAAGAGGAACCGCCAAUACCAGUGGUUAAUUCUGGUACAACCGUCAUACCACCUUCACAAGGUGCACCUCAAGUACAAAACCCAUUUUAUUCACACAACGUUACACCAAUGUACUACGCUCAACCAACACAUAUGCCGCCGCGGUUAAUGCCAGUCCCAUAUUAUAUGCCACCGCGAUCUCGUUUACCAUAUCCGCCGACAUAUCCAAGAUUAUUAUAUAGACCACAGUGGCAGCCUGCAGUUUGUAAUUAUGGUACACAAUGAAGAAGCCUAGAAAAAUAUUAUUUUUAAACAUAUUAUUAUUAUGCAUUCAUACUAUCUAUUACUCUACGUCUCUACCUACUGUUUGUUCUCAAUCGUUCAUUUUAAAUUCUGAGCGGAGUGAUGAAUGUGAUUUUACAAUGAUGUGUGUUUUUAUUUUUUUUUUCUUGUUUCUUUUACCACGGUUUGCGGCAGUAAAACUGCUUCGCUUUUCUUUAACAGUAUCUUGUUCGAUGGGAAAUUUAAUUGAAUGUUGGUUGAAUGAAUCUAAACUCCCAAUAGUUUUCAGAAAAAACCACAUAACAAUUAAGGAAAAAUGGGAAUCUUUACGCAAAAUCGGUCACAGUCAAUCCUUAGUCACAGUUUUUUUAUAAGCACAUUUUAGAUUUAGUUUAGGUACUUUAUAGUAUGAUUAACAUUUUAAAUUUAAAUGUUAAAUUUUUCAUGUUUUUUUAAUGGGUAUU